AUGGAUACUGGGGAAUAUGAAACUAAUACAUUGUUAAUUAAUAAUGUCUCGUCGAUCGCUUAUCGUUUGUACGAACCGUCAUCCAAUCUGUCGCAAAACUUCGCCUCGGUCGCUCUUGAGAUUGAAAACUCACUAAGGGAAAAGGGACACAUCGUUUUAUACGAUGCGACCAAAAAGGCUCUGUGGCACUUUCAAUUUCUCCCCAAAGAUGAAAAUUCGGAUGAUUUGGGCGACAGCCUUGAGCUGCCGCCCGAUGUGACCGGGCAUGGCUUAGCUUUGAGAGAACACGGUGUUAUAGAGCCUCCGAUAAUACAAAAGCCUCGAUCUCAGGGCCUUCAAUCCAGUGGCACGCCAACGAGCCUCCUGUCAACUGCUUCUGCUCUGGAACAGGCCCACCGUCCAACUCUCUCAUCACCUUUGCAGACCACCGCACCCAUCACGCAAGACCCGGACCCAAAGGCCGAAAAGUCCAAGACGACAUCAACAGCACAGAGAGCACUCUACGAAAAAUUCAUUGCGUCUGUCCUGUUGACGAUAUCUACCACAUUCUGUCGCCGAGUUGGGGCAGUUCCUCUCAACUACAGGACUGUUAUACUCUCUCCGACGGCAUACGAUGCACAACCACAUGGAGUUGCCAUCGGAAGGCCACAGAUACUGGGCACUUUCAGGGCGUAUUUGACGACAACGGGAGCAUUGAUGAUAAGCCUGGCUCUGACGAAGUGUAGAGGGAUAUUAUCACUAGAUGAUACUGUUCCCUCGAGUCUGGCCCCCUCUGGCUAUUCUGUUCUUGCUGCUCCUUUUGGCAUCAUGACUGCUACUCAGAAUUUUGUUCCUGGCGACGGCGGCUUGACGAGUUUAGCUCAGACACCCAUGACACAGUUUUUUAAUUUCCGUGGUGGACUUGACGGACAAGAGUCGUUGUGGAAACAGGCUUGCUUACGAUUCUUGAAUUUCCGAGGCAUAGCUGCCUCGACGCUAGGGGGCUGUCUUUGGGUGAAUCUCUUGGUCCCCAAACCGAAGAAUCCAGAUACUAGGGGCGACCAACGAUCCUCCAGUGCAAGCUCUUCAUUCACGCUGCCAUGGCCAAGGCGUCUAUGUUUCCGCAAGAAGAACGUCGACGCAUCAUCUACCAGCCGCGUAGUAGACACCGUACUGAGCGGCCACGAAGAAAAAAGAGAAGAGAGAGCCAAACGAGCCUUGGAGCGUGCGGCCAAUCUCCCCAAGGAUCCCCAACCACAAAACACGGAGUCAAAGACAACACCCAAGCCCAGCGGUCUAUCACCCGUGGCCUUACAGCGUCCCAAUACGGCCACAGCUGGUAUUAUGUACCCGACGCCACCAGAUGGAGUUCAUCAGCCGAACGGUAACCCAUUAUCCGCCCCAGUCAUCACGGAAGCGGAUGCUGUUGUCCAGAAUGAACCAACUGGGGGAGACAGCGUCGACCAAUCUCCUGAGUUUGCAGAUUCCAAGAGACACCGGAGCGAUAGCAAUGUUCUUGGUGAUGGCGAGACCGUCUUUGGGGGGGAAAUAGGAGGUGAUAUGUUUGACGACAAUGACAUUACUGAGGCCGAUUUUAACUUCUUUGACGAGAAGCCAGACGACAUGGAUGCCGAUCUUCCCAUGGCUGACAUGUCUAGCUCAGAAAUGGCACUCCCUCCUCCACCCCAAGCCGUUGAAGAGACUGUAAUUCCUGUCGAGACCACGCCGCUCCCUCUGGCACCAACGCCUACAUCGUUGCCUCUUCAUCCUCCUGCCACCCCCUCAGCCCCAACUCCGGCCCAGGCUGCGACUCCCGCUCCCGCUCCAGCCCCUAUUCCUUCUCUGCCGCCACCAACUUCUACUCCUCUACUUCCCCCUCCGCUCCCUCCUCCUCAGUCAGAGAGGGUAGUGUUUGCCAAACCUGAGCUGAAGCAUGCUAGAAGCCAGAAUGAAGACCCAGCCCGUCGCAGUCGGGGAGAUAUACGGGUAACGCCUGCAAAGCGCGAGUCUAGCCCUUUUGACCCCCAUGCGGUGUUUAAACGUGUCAAGGCAUCUCUUAAAAUGCCAAAAUAUGAUUCCACCUCGGCUUCUCAGCCCACGUUGAGAAAGGCCAAGAUCUUUGAGAGCCUCGACUUUGACCCAGCGUUGCCUAUGAUUAACAAAAAAUAUGAGCAAGGAGGGCUGUUCGACCUGAGUGCUCUUUCAAAAGUGGAAAAGAUGGAAAGGCCAAGCAUUGAUCUUCGGGCCGUGCCCGAAACCGAUUAUCUGAAACGGCAUGGCAAGCUCAGCAAGAGGCAGAGGGAUCGGCCCGUUACUCGAAGCACUAUAGCCAAGCAAUAUUCCGCACUGGAGCCGCAAAUGUCGACGACUAGCCCAAUGAAACUGGACGGAUCGAUAUCAGGAGAGGAUAGUAGCGCUGAAUCGGACCAAGACGACUCCAGCUACACGUCAGACGAGCCUGGCUCUCCACACAAGGCCAGCAUUAGGAUAUUAAACGCAGAUGACGAUAUCUUGUCUCAAAUCACCUCACUAAGAGAUUGCGACAUUGAAGAGCCCGAUCAUCAGCUAGCCAUGGAGCUACCGCGGCUAUCCAAGUCUGACAUGACAGGAGUGCCCCUCUCUGCGUUGUUCUCAGAUCCAGAACCCUUGUUGUUGGAUAUGGCCUUGAAUGACGACGAUUUGGUCCAGAUUGCGCAGAUUGUGACUGAACAAGCAGCGACCGGUGGGCUGGAUAUCUUUAGAGCCUCGGAUUUCGAAGCACCCACUUUGUCGGCCAGCCAAAAGCGUCAAGAAUUAUUAACUCACAGUCGGGACGCCUUUCAUACACUGGAAGAUAUUAUGGCGCAGUUUUUUGGAGACACCAUGCCUAUGCGCUUGAAAGGCUUGUUGGAUAUUCAAGACAUACCGCUUCUGAGCCAGUUCCAGCCGCGGCAGAUACCCGGCCGAGAAGGAAACCCCGAAGCUAUGCGGCCAAGCAACCUUUAUCAGAUUCCUAGCCCACAUUUGGAAGUCCAAAGGGCAGACACAAAGCUAUCUGUUCUGCCGUCGGCGGUUUCAUUUUGGGAGAGCUUGGGCCUCUCUCCCUCCUCUGGCAGUAAAAACAUUAAUGCACUCUGCGUCUAUCCUGGAUGGCCUGGAAUGGGAGACAACGUCCAGACCUUUCUGGACCGUAUCAAAAGUGUUUAUGAGUUUUUAAAGUUGGGCACGUUUGAAGUCAUGCCUCUUGGUUCGGAUAUGGAAGCAGGACUUUUGCCAUAUGAGAUUGAUCGGAUUACUACUUCUCCCGACGCCACUGUGACGGGACAUGGAUCGGCCAUGAUUGAAAGUAUGGAAGUGCUGCGUGGGAUAUUCACCAACCUCGCAAUUACUGAGACCAACUUUGUUAUUUAUUUUGUCUACUCGCCGGACAAUCCUGGGACCAUCAUUGAAUCUUGCACAGCGUUUCAGCGAUUCUUUGAAACGUACCAAAAGAUUUUGGCAACCCGAAAGGAGCCUCCGCAGAAUGAACUCGUUUUGCAGCUAGUUUCGGCAGAUCUUCUGUCCUCCCCCUCGGCCUUGGUCGUCACUCCAACUUCAGACCUGGUCAGGCUCUGCAUCGAGACGUACGAUCGCUGUACUCUUUUUGGAGGACCAAUGCCUGCCCCGGCCAUUAGACUCGAGCAGCUUUUACCACGGAUCAUUGAUUUUAAGUUGACUACUAAUCCGUCAGCAUCGCUUAUUCGCGAGAACUCUUGCAUUCACGUGGCAUAUGCCCAGAGCGUCGACGAGCGAUGGAUUACUGCGGCAUGGACGGACGAUAGGGGGAACCAGCAAGCCACGGCUUCUUAUUGCAUGGGGAGAAAGGGGAAGCAGCCAUCUCGCAACAUGAACGAGAUUGCCAAUGAGAUAUGGGAGACUACUCUUGAGUUAAUAUCUGCCUGGAAAGUCCUUUGGAGAGUCAUCAUCACCAAGUGCGGGCCAAUGCCGCAGCACGAGAUGGACUUUUGGGUUGACUUGGCCCGCACCGAGAUCAACGCCAAGCUUUUACCGCCGGUGGUGAAGCUCGCGCCUCCCUCGGCUGCUCUUCACACACCAGCAUCUACACCGCUACCAAGCGCGUUUUCUCCAGAACCUCCAACUCCUGCGACUCCCGCUCGCGAAGGCAUGGCAGUCGCUACCCCUUCUGGUGACGGUGGUGCUUCUAAUGCUGGCGCUGCCGAUGCGGACCUGGAUGCCAUUUUGACUGAUGUCACUGAUCAGACCUGGGGAGCUAUUGCCGGCCACCGGCUCAGCAACUCUACGAGCAUUCUGGAAGUACAUCCCGCAUUGAUCAGUGGCUAUCUCAUCAAGCGGACAGGAAUCAAAGUGGAAGAUGCUCCUAUCCUGAUGGAAGUGAAUCUGGUGUACACUGAAGCCAUGCCUCGAGUGCACGAACCCCUUUUCAGGGAGAUGCUGGGAUACUUUAGAGGAUUGGGCACUCUGGCCCGGGCCCGUGGAGUGGUUGAUAGGGAAGCAGAUGUGCGACCCUGGCAUGUCGCUGCGGCCGAAAAAGCUGCGCGUGCAUUGUAUCUGUUAAUGUGA